UGUAUUUACUGUAUCCUAUAUGUUCUAGGACAAGUGUUGGAUACCCAGAGUCGGGCUCCUUGGAGUUUGUCAUUUAUAACAGAUUUCUUCUGGGGCAUAGCAGAUUUUGUGGUUUUAUUCUUCCAGAGCCUUGUUAAGCCAGAUUUGAGAAGAAGAGGUUGUAUAUCUUCCUCAAACUCAAGAUAUGAUGAUGGAAGAGGGCCUCCAGGAAAUCCUCGUCGUAGAAUGGGUCGGAUAAAUCACGGUGGAGGUCCCAGUCCACCACCCAUGGCUGGAGGAGGAUGA